AUGCCUUCAACCCGCCUCUCCGCGCUGCUCGGCCCCCUGCCGCGCUUCGGCGUGGGCCGCACCGUCACCCGCAAGUCCUGGCUGUGGGCGCACGACGACCCCUGCUACUGGGUCAUCACCAAGGUGAAGGCGGACCACACGGCCCAGAACAUGGAUCACGGCAGAGCGUGGGGCUGCCUGACCUUCAGAGCUAACACCGGCUCGCUUCCCUGCGCCGGAGGCAAAACUGAAGAAGAAGUGCGAGAGAUCGACAAGGCCAUGUACCAUGACUGGCGCAUGGUGCCCAAGCAUGAGGAGGAAGCCUUCAAGAAAUUCACCCCAGUGCCAGAGGAGUCCAUUCGGUACCUUCCGUACCCACCUCUCCUCCGAGCCAUGAUCCUUGCACAGUGGCAGAAAGAGGGAAAACCAAUCACAGAGGAGCCAAUGAUCGAUCUGGAGAAGGUCAUGGCCUCUUCCGUUCAGGGUGCAAAGAAAAAAGCUACAGGGACACCAGUAUAA